ACUUUAGGUUAGGUACAGUUUUUUAUCCAUGUCAAUGCUAUCAAAACAACCAUGAAUUGAUCUCUAAGAGAUGGAAGUCUCUGUGAAGGAGAAAGAUGAGGAUCCGCUCUUCCGUCGAUCAUCCCGGAAGAGACGAAAAAUAAAUUACAAAAGUGAAAAGCAACUGAGGGUGAUAGUUAAAAAAGAGGAACAAACCGAUGGAAAACCCAGAAAAAGGGGAAGGCCAAGGAAGCAGCCUCUUCCUAUUCCUCCUGAAGAAUUGGACACUAAAUCACUGAAAUUUUUGGGUACACCUGUUUUGGGGACACCUGUUUUGGGGACACCCGUUUUGGGGACAACUGUUUUAGGGACAACUACUGUAAAAAAGAAGUGUAGAAAAUUUAAAUUAGAUGAAAUUGACAUCAUAAUCGAAGAAUACAUCAAACUGGGAAACGAAGAUGGAAUGAAAAGAAUUAUCAAUUCCUUGCAAUGUGCUCUACAGACAACACCCAAGAAAACUUCUAAUGCUUGUCAAAAAGGUGGUACAGACAUAGUAAAAGAAGCACCAACUCCUGUAAAACAGAGAACAAGAAAAUCUACCGAAACUCCUAGGAACCUUUCCAGUGCAGCAAUUGUUUCAGAGAACUCACAGCCUCAAAACAUAAACCCACGGUUACAAUCUGCUUCAUCUAUUCCAGCAAACCUUCAAACUAAGUCGAUAUCAGUGCAUGGAAACAGUGUUAUAAUGCAAGGUGUCAUUGAUACUGGAAUGGCUCAAACCUCGUGUUUUCUCAUUCCGAUUGAUAUCGGAAACAUUGGUCAACUUCCAAGUGGGGUCCAGGUUAUCCAGAGCACUCCAAAUCAAAUGAUGGGAAACCAACAUCAGGUCCUCAACACACAAACAUCUCAAAAUGUAGGAAACUCUAGUGUACUCAUCCCCAUCAACCAGCAAUCACAUCAGAAUCUAUCCCAACAACAACAGCAGCAGCAACAACAACAACAACACCAACAACAGCACCAACAACAGCAACAGCCUCAGUUUCUGCCUCUCAACCUCCCUGUUCAUAACACGACUAACAGCACCAACACAGCAUUUGCAAAUGGAGGACAUGGUUUAACAACCAGUACUUCAAAUAAAGCCGGUAGUUUUAACGGUAGUUGUGAUAAAGCACCUCCGUUUAAAGGCAUCAUUAGAUCUACAAGUUCAAACAGCAGUGUUACUGUAACCAAUUCUAUCCAAGGGAGACCACUCACAAGUGCUCCUCGUAUCAUAGAGGAGGAUAUUUCUGUCACCAACCAAUCAACCGAUUCUGUUGAAGUCUCGGUCGCUGACAAAGUACAAAUAAUUAACAGCAGUGCUAACAAGAAAUCGCCAAAAGGUAAUGAUGCUACAAGUGCCCAAGUGGACGCAGUGGUGGACGCACUCCAGUCAACUGAUUCUCUUUCUCAGAUGUUAGACCAGCUGUCGCAUGACGACAUGGUUUCUAUAAUCAGUAUCCUGACCAACAGUCCCACACCAGCUCCCACCACUAAUCCUGGUUCUGCUUCCACUUCUGAUAAUCUCUCUACUGACCUGGCUAAGCUGGCAAGUGAUAUCGACAAGAUCUCAAAAUUGGACCCUGAUCAGUUAUCUAACGGAGUGGUUAAUCAGCUGGCAGCUGAAAUAUCCAAGUUGCUAUCAAGUACUGCAGCUCCUGUUACCCCAGAAGAAGGACCAGACAAGCUACUCACUAAACUACUUGACACUGCAAUACAGGAGGAAGACGAGGACUUUCAACAUGUCCAGAUUAUACAAGCUCAACAACAAACAACAGAGGAAGUUAACACUAACGCUGGGUUAAAGUGUUACAUGUGUGGUUUAGUGUGUCCUGAUGAGCGGGCUUUCAUUACUCACAUGCGCUUCCACCUCUUCAACUACAGGUAUUCGUGUUACGAGUGUGGGUUUGGGACCAGCUCAAUGAAUGAACUGUUACUACACAAAGCUGAACAACAUGAGGGGGACCUCACUAAAAUCAGUCCUGAGUUACUUAAAGAGCUGCCCAAAUCAGAGCGAGCUGCAAUGCCUGACCUUGAGGAGACGUUGAUACAAUGUCCGGAAUGCAAGGAGAACAUUCCUCUCAACUCACUUAGUGGUCACAUGAACCAGAAACACAAGCCUCUACACAAAGCUGUGAGCUAA